AUGCAGAAAAACCUCGACUUCAUGCUGAAGGCUUGCAGUUUCUCCAUAACUCAGCUUCAGAUCAUUUUUACGAUCUUCGGCUUGAACUUGAAUAUGGACGCGUUGCGCGAUCAGUACGAACUUGCGUUACAACAGAAGCCUGAAGAUUUGUGGAUAAACGAGGAUUUUUGUAAGGCUCCAGGAUUUUUGCGAUAUUUUGAUCUUCGACAGAAGCUUACUCACGGAGAGACGUCGUCGAACGUUACAAAUUGCGUUGAAGACGACGAUGCCAAAGAUGGCAUUCAGGUAGUGCCAGAAAUGGUUAGUGCUUGUAACGAUGCGGUGGACGUAGAAAAGGCAGCAUCGAUGUUUGAGCUUCCGUCAAGCAACGUGGAGCCGUCUGCUUCCGAAUUAACAUCAGACGCAACCUGUGCAGCGACGAAUGGCCAGCGCCGGCGCAAACGCGAGGUUCGGUCACGCAUCAGGGUCGGUCGUCAUAAGAGACCAUCAUCGGCGGACGAGGGCCCGCAAGAGCAACUCGCUCAUUUCGAUGUGUCCAUAGUCGACCUGAGGCCCAUCGAAUAUCAUGCCCACGUUUGCGGUACUGCCUGUCUACCAUAUAGCGACGAUCCAGAUAACUGCCGCGAUGCGUUUCCGUUCAUGAUUCCGCUGCUGUGCGGCUGGAAUCGGGUACUGCUUCGUAUAUACGGUAAGCCGUCUUACGUCGAUGUAGUGUACGUGGCGCCGUGCGGUCGACGAAUUCGAGGCUUUGCUGAUCUUAUUCAAUACCUCCGGAUUACGAACAGUCGAUUGACGUUGGAAUUGUUUUGUUUUGACUCAAAACUCCGGGUUGCAGCCACGAUUACUGUCGAGCAACCGCGAGUGCUCAUCCCAGAUAUCGCCAAUGGCGAAGAAAUAGUCCCUAUCCAAUGCGUGAAUGCUCUUGACGACGAUCGACCUGACGAACAUUUCACCUAUCGCUCGGCACGCUACUCAAACGACCCGCGUAUCGAUUUGGAUGAGGCGAAAAUGUUUCUCUCCGGUUGCAGCUGCACGGGUAAUGAAUAA